CAGCAGUUACCCGGAUACUGAGUGACUAUAAACGCAGGACCAUAGACGCUGCGGUGCUAGCAGCAGCAGCAAAUUUACGUUUAGACGAGUGUUUUUGUGUGUGUGUAGUGGUGAAAGUAAUAUUUGUCAAUUGGAUAAAAUGGCCGGUGGUAAGGCUGGUAAAGACUCCGGGAAGACCAAAACUAAGGCUAUUUCGCGCUCACAGAGAGCAGGACUGCAGUUCCCAGUGGGUCGUAUCCACAGACAUCUGAAGUCGAGGACCACCAGCCACGGCAGAGUGGGGGCCACCGCAGCGGUGUACAGCGCGGCGAUUCUCGAAUAUCUCACCGCCGAGGUUCUGGAGUUGGCAGGAAAUGCAUCAAAGGAUCUUAAAGUGAAGCGAAUUACCCCACGCCACUUGCAGCUCGCCAUCAGAGGAGAUGAAGAGCUGGAUUCUCUCAUCAAGGCCACCAUCGCUGGUGGAGGUGUGAUUCCCCACAUUCACAAGUCUCUGAUUGGAAAGAAGGGCCAGCAGAAGACUGUAUAACCGGAAGUGCUCUGGAAGUUGUGCCAUUUCAGGAUGAAGUCUGUGUCGGUGGUUAAAUGUCUGUAGAUUAGAACACCUUUAAAAAAAUUUUAUGGUUGAGCUUUCAUUUACUCACCUGGGGUAUUACAGUGGCUUCAAAGAAGCUUUUUUUUUUUUUUCUUUUUUUUUUUUUUUUUUUCUUUUUUCUGGUGCUGCAGUUUUUGUGGUUUUUGUGGGAUUCAUGUUUAAAGCAGUGUUUUAAAAAUAAAGUUCUUAUUGGCCAUCUGUUUCGGUUUCUUGGCUCUUUCCGUUAGCUGCCUUGUUGAGGGUGAACAAGUUUUCAGCAUCAGUGGUUUUAAUCUUAAUACGUGGCAAAAAUGGUAGACAGGGAGUUUAGGCCUGGAUUAAACCUGACUAGCUGGUUUAAAUGGGCAUGAAGUGCCGAGCAUGUACGUCAUAAUAACCAGUGGACUCCAUGUAAAGUGGGAGGAAACUUCUUUGUGUUGAGUAAAGAUUAAACUCAUUUUCUA